AUGGAGAUGAUGAAAAUUGUUGAAACGUUUUCCUGGAGUCAAAUUUUAAGCGCCUUACCUUACCUCCGUGGUGUCAGAACUACAGAGACAAGAAGCCCCAAACUGUCUCACAGUCCUCAGCCUCCCAGCUUGGGCGACCCAGUGGAGCAUUUAUCUGAGACUUCUGGUGACUCUCUGGAAGCCAUGUCUGAGAGCGAAGCCCCAAGUCCUUUCUCCAGAGGCAGCCGAACUCGAGCGAGCCUUCCGGUGGUGAGAUCGACCAACCAGACGAAAGAAAGAUCUCUGGGGGUUCUCUAUCUCCAGUAUGGAGAUGAAACCAAGCAGCUCAGGAUGCCCAACGAAAUCACGAGUGCAGACACGAUCCGGGCUCUCUUCGUAAGUGCCUUCCCACAGCAGCUCACCAUGAAAAUGCUGGAGUCGCCCAGUGUCGCCAUUUACAUCAAAGACGAGAGCAGAAAUGUCUAUUAUGAACUAAAUGAUGUAAGAAACAUUCAGGACAGAUCGCUCCUCAAAGUGUACAACAAGGAUCCUGCACAUGCAUUCAAUCACACGCCAAAAACUGUGAACGGAGACAUGAGGAUGCAGAGAGAACUUGUUUAUGCAAGAGGAGAUGGCCCUGCGGCCUCUCGACCUGGGUCCACAGCGCACCCGGCCCACGCCAUUCCAAAUUCUCCGCCCUCCACGCCCGUGCCCCACUCCAUGCCUCCCUCCCCAUCCAGAAUUCCUUACGGGGGCAGCCGCCCCAUGGUGGUCCCCGGCAACGCCACCAUCCCCAGGGACAGGCUCUCCAGCCUGCCCGUGUCCAGGUCCAUCUCCCCCAGCCCCAGCGCCAUUCUGGAAAGAAGAGACGUAAAGCCCGAUGAAGACAUGAGCGGCAAGAACAUCGCGAUGUACCGAAACGAGGGUUUCUACGCGGAUCCUUACUUGUACCACGAGGGACGCAUGAGCAUCGCCUCUUCCCACGGCGGCGCGCACCCGCUGGACGUGCCCGAUCACAUCAUCGCCUAUCACCGCACCGCCAUCCGGUCGGCUAGCGCGUACUGCAGCCCGACCUUACAGGCGGAAAUGCAUAUGGAGCAGUCCCUGUACAGGCAGAAACCCAGGAAAUACCCGGACAGCCACUUACCCACUCUGGGCUCCAAAACGCCCCCCGCCUCCCCGCACCGCGUCAGCGACCUGAGGAUGGUGGACAUGCACGCGCAUCACAGCGCCCACGGGCCCCCGCACACCCUGCAGCCGGACCGGGCCUCGCCCAGCCGCCAGUCCUUCAAGAAGGAGCCGGGCACCCUGGUGUACAUUGAAAAGCCACGGACCGCGCCAGGACUCUCCGGCCUGAUGGACCUCGGCCCUCCGCUAGUGGAGAAGCAAAUGUUUGCUUACAGCACCGCUACGAUCCCCAAAGACAGAGAGACCAGAGAGAGGAUGCAAGCCAUGGAGAGACAGAUUGCCAGUUUAACUGGCCUUGUUCAGUCUGCGCUUUUUAAAGGGCCCCUAACAAGUAAUAGCAAAGAUGCAUCUAGCGAGAAGAUGAUGAAAACACCAGCUACUAAGAACCACACAGAGAGUGCAGGAACUCCCCAUGUUUCUGGCGGGAAGACUCUCGGCGCCCUGGAGUCCCUGGGGCCACCCAGCCAGCCCCUGGCCGCCGGCACCUCGGCCGUCCACCUGAGCCUGCUCGACAUGAGGCGGAAUGUGGCCGAGCUCCGGCUCCAGCUGCAGCAGAUGCGACAGCUCCAGCUGCAGAACCAGGAGCUGCUGAGGGCGAUGGUGAAGAAGGCUGAGCUGGAAAUCAGCGGCAGAGUGAUUGAAAUGAUGAAGAGGCUGGAGGACCCUGUGCAGCGCCAGCGUGUCCUGGUGGAGCAAGAGAGACAGAAGUACCUGCAGGAAGAGGAGAAGAUCGUCAAGAAGUUAUGUGAGCUGGAGGACCUGGUUGAAGACCUGAAGAAGGACUCUGCAUCGGCCGGCCGAGUGGUCACCUUAAAAGACGUGGAAGAUGGGGCGUUCCUCCUGCGACAAGUGGGAGAAGCGGUAGCUUCCCUGAAAGGAGAAUUCCCGACCUUACAAAACAAGAUGCGAGCCAUCCUGCGCAUAGAGGUGGAGGCCGUGCGGUUCCUGAAGGAGGAGCCGCACCGGCUGGACAGUCUCCUGCAGAGAGUGCGGAGCAUGACCGACACCCUGACCCUGCUGCGGAGGUGA